GGGUAACCGACGAGGAAGAGGAAGAGGUGGACCCCUGUGCGAGCGAAAAAAUCCAGCCCCGGUCUUGCGCACCACAACCGUCCUGCAAGAUUGUGAACGGAACGAUCGUGCGAGAGCAGCCGCGCGACCAAUCGCGGUCCCCUGCGCACCAUGAUACGACCACCGGUGUAACUGCAACGCCGACACACCCGAUCAGGAGCCCGACUCUGCGUCACAACAGGGACGACCACAUGGCCAACCACCAUCAAUCAGCGAAGAACAGAACAAAUGCCGCCCCCGGCAGGGCAACCGAAUCCGCAAC